AUGAUGGAGGACUUACUACAAAGUAGAAUCCGUAGUCGUCAUGCCUAUUCACUUCAUAAUAAAUAUCAGUCAUUAUGUCAUUAAUAAGGAGGAUAGAACACUCUAAAAAUGCUUUCACAUAGCUUACAAAAAUAAUAAUAUAGUCAAAAAUAUAAUCAAUUAAAUUUAUAACGAACUGAGUCUCGUUUCUAGAUAAGUUAACCAAAGCAUAUUUAAUAUAUUGGAUUAAUAUCUAACUCAAUAAAAACAAUGAGUACAAGUUCACCAGAAAAGAUAAUUGAAUCACCUUUAAAGGGAAGGAUUAAAUAGAGUCGUAUAUUGAAGACUUCACUUCAUAAUUCUCGUAUGAGUCCUGAAAAUAGAUUAAUUUUUAAAUAACGUCUAAAUAAAAUUGAUGAAUCUAUUCAAUAUAUUUAAGAUAGACAUAAUUAAUUUAAUGGAAUUAAUUCUAAUAAUUAUUAAAAGAUGUGUGAAAUGAUUAAUAAAACAGAAUAUAUGAGUGCUGAUUAAAAUUAAAAAUUAGAUGUUCCAUUAAUAAAAUUAAUUAAACCAGAACCAAUUGAAAAUAAUGAAAAUAGUGCAAAUCUAGUAUAAAAGUUAGCUACUUAAACUAUGUAAUGGAGUGAAUCUAAGAAAAAACAAAGAUCUAAAUUAGAAUAGAGUAUGUAUUAUAAGACAAAUAAAUGGAAAAAAGCAAAAUUCUUAAUUUUAUAAAACUUUUCAUCUCGUCAUAACAAUACCUUAUAUUCUAAAAAAUACAUUAUUACAUAAUUAAAGAUACCAUAUUUGAGACAUAAUUCUAAAUAAAUGUUUAUGGCUUUAAAAUAGAAAAAUUAUCACUAAUUACUUAAACAUUUAUCUUAUAAUAAAUCAUUUAUUCAUGAAGUUGACAAUUCUCUCAUGACUCCUUUACAUAUAUCUUGUUAAUAAGGUCUAUAUGAUAUUACUAAAAUGCUUUUAAGAUUUAAAUCUGAUGUGAAUGCUUUAGAUAAAAAUAAGAAAACUCCACUUUAUUAUGCAAUGUUUAAUGGACAUACAGAAAUAGUAAAAGUAUUAUAUUUUGGUAUUUUAUCAGAUGCUUUUAAUACAUGAUGCUUUUCCAUAUUCUGAUACUAAUUGCAAUUAUAUUCAAUUCUUUCCAAAUAAAACAAUGAAAGAAUUAUUCAGAGUAGCUAAAAGAGUAAUAAUCAUUUAAUAUUUUAGAUUUUAACCUUGAUGUUAAUUUGUCCAAAAAAUAAAAGAAAGACUAUGAAAGAAUAUUUAGAAAUUAAUUUUCUGAAUGAAUAUUCUCUUCCUAAAAACUUGCUUGCUUGA